AUGGGCUGGUUCGACGGCCGAUCCUCAACAUCUGGCGGUGCUUAUGUGCGGAGGCGUUCAGACCGCUCUCCCUCUCGUCGGUCCACCUAUUCCACUCACCACAAUCGCCAUUCCGCUCCGUCAAUCUUCGAUUUCGGUGGUACCAGUCGUUCAGGGCGCGCGAGCCCGUCUGUGUUCUCUUCCUUUUCUUCCUCCUCGUCGCGAAGGGCUCGUCCGCGCUCCGGGUUCAUCCAGCGUGUAAUCCGCUACAUCAGACGCUUGUUCCGUGACAUCUCCAAUUAUGCACAGCGCCACCCGAUGAAGGUUCUGCUGCUGGUUGUUGUCCCAUUGAUCACAAGCGGUGUGCUUGUCAAGCUGUUCGCUAUGAUUGGAAUUCAUCUCCCAAAGCAUAUCUUUGGUGGGGAGUCUUCCGCAAGAUCUGGUGGUGACGGUGGUGGCGUGGCCGACAAUAUUAAUGGACUUAUGAAGAUUGCAAAGAUGCUGAUGUAG